UCAGGCAGGGCAGAGCAAUGUUUUCAUGCCUGCGCUAGUAACUCUGCCAUGGCGCCCGUAAUGUCACUGAUUAAGGAGGGGACUUCGUAGCAUUGCGUUUUUAUUCGCUUAAGUAAAAAGUAUCCUGUACGUUUUGCUACUCCUGGUUUGACUCGAACCACAUUUAUCUUUGAACCCGCCAUGACCGUGGAGCAGAAUGUCCUCCAGCAGCAUUCUCAAAAGCACCAGCAGACGCUACUAAACCAGUUGAGGGAGGUCACAGGCACCACAGAUGUUCAGUUGCUUCAGCAGGCCCUGCAGGUGAGCAAUGGAGACCUGGCCGAGGCUGUGGCCUUUCUGACAGAGAAGAAUGCCAAAGUUCCUCAGCAAGAUGAGUCAACCUACUACCACACAUCCCAGGUGGCCAGUGACAGAUACAUCAGCGUGGGCAGCCAGGCAGACACAAAUGUGAUUGACCUGACUGGGGACGAUAAAGAUGACCUUCAGAGGGCUAUCGCCCUCAGCCUGGAGGAAUCCAACCGGACUUUCAGGGAGACAGGCAUCACUGAUGAGGAGCAGGCCAUCAGCAGAGUUUUGGAGGCCAGCAUAGCAGAGAACAAAGCGAGUCUGAAGCGGACCCACACAGAAGUAUGGAGCGAUUCACCCAACCCACAUGACAGGAAGAGGGUAGACAGCUGCCCUGUAGGGCUGAAAAAUGUUGGCAAUACCUGCUGGUUCAGUGCUGUCAUACAGUCUCUGUUCAACCUGCUGGAGUUUCAGAGGCUGGUGCUCAACUAUUCACCACCAGCCAGAGUCCACGACCUGCCUCGCAACCAAAAGGAACACAGGAACCUGCCCUUCAUGCAGGAGCUAAGGAACCUCUUCUCCCUCAUGGUUGGGUCCAAGAGGAAAUAUGUGGAUCCGUCACGAGCUGUGGAAAUCCUCAAAGACGCCUUCAAGUCCAGCGAGUCACAGCAGCAGGAUGUGAGCGAGUUCACCCACAAGCUGUUGGACUGGCUGGAGGAUGCCUUCCAGAUGAAGGCUGAAGAGGACAGGGAGGGUGAGAAGCCAAAGAACCCCAUGGUGGAGCUCUUCUAUGGCCGCUUCCUUGCUGUGGGUGUCCUUGAAGGUAAAAAAUUUGAAAACACAGAGAUGUUUGGACAGUACCCACUACAAGUGAACGGCUUCAAGGAUCUCCAUGAAUGUCUUGAGGCAGCAAUGAUUGAGGGCGAGAUUGAGUCCCUGCACUCGGCAGAGAACUCUGCCAGGUCCGGACAAGAGCACUGGUUCACAGAACUCCCUCCUGUGUUGACCUUUGAACUGUCAAGAUUUGAGUUUAACCAAGCACUGGGACGACCUGAGAAGAUCCACAACAAGCUAGAGUUCCCCUCUGUCCUCUACAUGGACAGGUACAUGGAUAGGAACAGAGAAAUAACUCGGAUCAAGAGGGAGGAGAUCAAGAGGCUAAAAGAGCAUCUGACACUGCUUCAACAGCGACUGGAGAGGUAUCUGAGUUAUGGCUCAGGCCCCAAGAGGUUUCCUCUGGCAGAUGUCCUCCAGUAUGCCAUGGAGUUUGCCUCCAGUAAGCCAGUGUGCACCUCCCCAGUAGAAGACAUUGACUCAUCAGGACCUCCUGGUGGCACAAUGGGACAACAGCUACCCCCAACAAGCAUGGCUGAGCAGGACUCCUUGUCUCUCCCAGAGAGCUCAUGCCCUGCCUUAGGUCCCACCACAGCUCCCACUGCAGCACAGCAACAGAGAGUAUCCAUUCAUAAGCCCUUUACCCAGUCCCGGUUACCUCCCGACCUGCCCAUGCACCCUGCCCCGCGCCACAUCACGGAAGAGGAGUUAAGGGUGCUUGAAGGUUGCUUACAUCGCUGGAGGAGUGAAGUGGAAAAUGACACCCGUGAUCUGCAGGGAAGUAUAACCAGAAUUCACAGAACCAUUGAGCUAAUGUACUCUGACAAAUCUAUGAUGCAGGUCCCAUACCGGCUUCAUGCAGUGCUUGUCCAUGAAGGCCAGGCCAAUGCAGGCCACUACUGGGCUUACAUCUAUGACCCACAUCAGCGUUGCUGGAUGAAGUACAACGACAUCUCUGUCACCAAGUCAUCCUGGGAGGAACUGGUCAGAGACUCGUUUGGAGGCUACCGCAACGCUAGUGCCUACUGUCUCAUGUAUAUCAACGACAAGAAGCCCUUUCUCAUAGAAGGACAGAGAGUGAAAUGGGGAGACAAAGAGAGAGAGUGGGGACUGACAUGCAGCAAAGGGCCGCAAGUCGGAUUCGAGCCUGCGGCCGCUGCAGCAAGGCAAUGCCUCUGUACAUGUGGCGCCGGCACUAUCCACUACGCUACCAACGCCCCAGAGGAGUUUGAUAAGGAAACGGGACAGAUACUCAGUGGCAUGGACAAACUGCCUCCAGACCUAAAGCAGUACGUAAAGGAGGAUAAUGAGCUGUUUGACAAGGAGAUUGAGGAAUGGGAUGCCCUGCAGGCCUGCAAGGCCCAGCAGGAGAAGCUGGCCCUGGCCACAGCAGCCACAGCAGCCUCAGCAGCAUCCAGCACCUCCACUUCUUCCUGUUUUCCUCAACCUAUGAUUAUUGAGUCCAGCACUCCAGACAACACAGUACCCCAGCAUGACCCAGAGUACAUGGAGCAGCCAUCACCCACAAAUGACUCCAAGCACCUGCAGGAGGACACCCAGAGGGCCAUCUCCAGGGCUGCUGCUGAACAAGAGGAGAGAAGCCCCGAGGCAUUGUUAAAUGCUUCUCUUCCCCCUCCCUCCUCCCCUCAGCCUGAGGUCGAGGUGAGCACCUCCUCCACCCCUCCUACUGACCUAGUCACAGAGGAUGAGUCCGCUGGACAGCGCACAGUGGAGGUGGCCAUUCCUAAUGUGGGGACCUUUGUCAUUGAGUCAGAGGAGGGGGGGUAUGAUGACGAGGCAAUGAUGACACCCAACAUGCAGGGUAUAAUUAUGGCCAUUGACAAAUCCAGGAGCGUGUAUGAAAAGAAUGGGCCUGAGGCAGCCUUUUUUAAGGCCAUAAAGCUGGAGUAUGCUCGUCUUCUGAGAUUUGCCCAAGAGGACACACCUCCUGAAAAUGACUACCGAUUACAGCACAUCAUUGUCUACUUCAUCCAAAACCAGGCACCUAAGAAGAUCUUGGAGAGAACUCUGCUCACACAGUUUGCUGACAGGAACCUGGCCUUUGAUGAGAGAUGUAAGAGCAUUAUGAAUGUGGCACGUGCUAAACUGGACUUAAUUAAGCCUGAGGAGGUCAACAUGGAUGAAUAUGAGAUGUGGCACCAGGCCUAUCGGAAUUUCCGUGAGACGACCAUCUUCAUGAUGUCUGGGUUGGAGCUCUUUCAGAAGACAAAUUACAUGGAGGCUCUGAUGUAUCUGAUUUACUCAUACCAGUACAACAAGGAGCUUUUGUCCAAAGGGCUGUACAGGGGGCACGAUGAGCAGCUUCUUGGUCAUUACCGUCGAGAGUGUUUACUGAAAUUGAAUGAGCAAGCAGCUGCCAUGUUUGAGUCAGGAGAAGAACCGGAUGUGUCAACGGGUCUCGGCAUCAUGAACGAGCUGGUGGUGCCCUGCAUCCCUCUGUUGCUGAACCAUGACACUGAGAGGGACCUGUUGGCAGUGGAGGACAUGAGGAACCGCUGGUGCUCCUACUUGGGCCAAGAGAUGGAAUCCAACCUCCAGGAAAAGCUGACCGACUUCCUCCCCAAGUUACUGGACUGCUCAACGGAGAUCAAAAGCUUCCACGACCCUCCCAAACUGCCCAGCUACUCCACCCUGGAGCUGAGUGAACGGUUCAGCCACAUCAUGGCCUCCCUCGGCAGGGUGCCCACUGACGGGAGAUGAGCUCUGAGGGACAGCCAGGCACCUGGUUCUUAUCACAGGCCCGACCCUGGGCAGAAAUCCAUGGACCUCUCUUAACCCAUGACUUCCUUCUAAAUCCAGGGGUCUUUCGCAUCUAGGUGUUACUCCUCUGUUACUCUAUUGCUGCGAUAGGUUUUAUCAUUAUGAAUAUUGUUUCACUUUUAUUUUAAGCAAAACACAACAGAGGAAGGAAGAUGGACUGUUGGGAGUGAGUGAAGAAAUGAGAGAGGAAAAGUUGGUGGAAUAACAGUGGCAAUCCUGCAGUGGUUAAAAGCCAAGCGCAUUCUCUUUCAGCUUUGCAAAAAUAAAACCAUGUUUGGAGGUUUUUCAUAGUUAUUAUUAUUGUUGUUGCUGUUUGAUUCAAGCUUUCCCAAUCGCACUCAUAGCCCUUUUUAAAGCACCCUUCUCUGCCUGAAAAGGAUCCCCCUGCUGCUCUGCCUCCAGUUUGGUACCGUAUUACCACCCUUUGUUUUAUUUUUCCAAGGAAGUGGGAGAGAGAGCCUUCAGAUUUAUCAGGGGUUCAAAGGAUCUCAAAUGGGUCUCAUGUCUUUGUGGACUGUGCCAGAACAAGAUGUUUUAAGUGCUGUGGUAGACAGCCAUGGACUUCCUGUGGCUUGUUAAUACAUUGAGAGAAUAAAAUUUUAUUUAUGGCCCUUUUUGGCCAAAUAAAGAGAGGUUUUGUCUGAUAUUGUUUUUUCCGUUGCUUUCACAGCAAGAACUUACACUGACAUCAUCGUGGAUAUUACGCAUUGUUAGAAGUAAAUAUUACCUUUGAUUUGAGACAUCGGAGUGAUGGACAGUGAGCAUGGUACAUAGAGAUCGUGUGUCCCGUGUCACACUGACCUGAGAGCUGUGAUCACUGAACAAUCCCCAACCUGUAUGUUAUCAUGCUAUGCUAAUUCUGCUGAUAUUAUGCAGCUUAUUAGAAUCAGUCUUUCAUUACCAUGGGGAUACAAACUCAUUCAGCAUAUGAUCUGGCCAAAAUAAUUAAAACACUCACUCUUAGCGGGUAUGAAAUCAGGGUUUUUAAUUAUGCAAUUUUGGACUCAUUUCCUGGAGUAAUACUAAUUUCCCAUGUGAUGAAAGCAGGAAGCAUUUUCAGAAGUUCUGUUCUAAACAUUGCUACUAGCAUUUGUAUAGAUUAUAAAUCAUAAUCAUCUUUUCACAGUGUUUUGACUGUGCUGUGCCUUGUUGUCCAAGCUAUAACUUUAGAGCCAUGAAAACUAAGCACUGUGAAAGAAUGCAAGUUUUACAACAUAUCCAAUAUUUUCUCUAGUAUAUUGCACAGAUUUGGUGAAGUGCACACAUCACCUACUCUGUCAUGACUAGUUAAUUUUUGUACGAGUUGAUGAUCUUGAAAUGCACUCAAGUCCUGACUACACUCUGAAAUAGGCAAGUGGGGGCCUUGAGUCAUGACUCAAAUUUGCAGACUUGAGACUUGAUUGACUAACAUUGUUAAAAGACUUAACUUUGACUUGGUAUUCAUAACUUGAGACUUGACCUAUGGCCUGUCCCAAUACCCCCCCUUAGCCCUACCCCUUGGCCCUACCAUAGACUGUAUAAAAAUAUGGACGUAGUCACCGUGACGUCACCCAUUGGAUUCUGAGGAGCGUGUUUGAAGCUCAAAGUAGUCAGCUCUGGCCAUCGCCAUCUUGGCAGUGGCUGACUCCACCCGACUCCCGGCCAAUCAAAAAUGAGCAAAGAGGCGGGCCAAAUUAAGCCUGGUUGCUUAAACACACCCACCUCGCUCAACGCUGCUAAGUUAGCUAAGGCUAACAAGCUAGGCUACUUUGGCUAGCCCUGUGGUGUUGGCUGCUCCCGCUUGGUGCCAGCUCCUUCACGAAACUUGAGUUAAGUUGAGUUUACCUGAAACUAACGUUAUACAACAAAACUAAAAAGUAAAAAGUAAUUUGGCCAAGUUUACAGUGAAUCAGCGUAACGUUUAUUUAAUACAUAUUUAACGAAUAAUUUGAAGCAAAUCAACUGGCCUGAAUUUAGAUUUUCACGUAACUUUAGUAACGAGUUUUUUAUUUGGAUGUCACUUGAUUAUACUUUGAAUAAGAUAAUGUUAAUAAGCUAAGUCACAUGUGAUGUUACCCAUUUAACGGUAGUGUUCUUUCUUACCAUGAAUGUUUUGUUAAUACCAAACAAGAAAUUCGAGUUAGUAGUUGGAUUUGCAGUGUGCAUAACAGCUGACAUUAAAGAUUAUAUCCUUCUUACCCACCGCUAUUGCAAACAGCACGCAUAUUUAUGAUUUUGACAUUGAUAAAAGUCUGAAGGGGACUGAAAUGUAUGUGUAACUUUAACGUUACUGUUAUCAACAACGCCUUGCGAGAUUAUCAUCUAGAACAUGAUAAACAAAUGUAGAAAUUGCAAAGGAAAGACAGUGUUAUACUUGUUUCAAGAUGUUAAUUUCUUUCAGUACAUCACCAGUGUUGAGGUCAUGGCCACUUGUGACAUCUCCACCACGCCUGCUACACACAGCAGAAAGUGUAAGUACCAGUUUUGGCUACUUGACUUUAGACAGCUAAUAAUACAUUGUCUUCAAAGGACCAAAAAAAAGCAUUUAAAAGACUCAUCUAUAUUUUGAGGUGUUGCUCCCUGUUUUAUUUUAUCCCACAGAUGUGACAUAAUAGUAUUGUCAACAAAAAGAACUGAUUCGCCCUUUAUAGUUAACUUUCUGUUUUUAAUUACCUAAAGCAUUUAUUACACUCAUUUUACUUUCAUUGGCACAGUGUGGAUCAUUGAUGACAGCUAUGUCCAGCAUGGUGCCCAAAGAGCCGCAGAGACCUUGGGAAGCAACCUCAGCAUGCCGGGCAUCCAUUUCUGCUGGUUUGGCUGGUGUGGACUGCAGUGGAGAGGCCUUCUCCCCGUCUUUUCCCACUCCCUGCAAGGAAGAGCAGCACCAGAUGUCCUCAUCGUCCACUGUGGCAGCAGUGGGGGGGGAGGUCAACAGUGUCAAGCCUGGUCAGCAUGAUGAAGGAGGACCUGCACUAGCUUCACCUCCAGCAUCCUGGCAUUAAGAUCAUAUUUUCUUCACUGGCCCAAAGGUGCAGGUGGGAGGCUGGUGGCAAUCCAGCAAAAAUUGGUAAGGCCAGGAAAUUUGUUAACAGUGUUAUGGCUACAUUUGUUAAUAGUUUAAAUGGUGCCAUAAUUGAGCACCCUCACAUCAGACACAUUCAUCUCACACCCAGGGGAAAUUAUAUGUUUUUAAGUAAAUUAGUUAAUUGUCUUAAAGACCACCUCCAAACACAGUGAACUGCUUACAGUUGGCAGUGUCACUGCUUUUGAAUUUGGCCUUUGGGACACAUUUUGUUAGGCCUGAACAUAGCCCAGGCUGUCAUGGCUAAUGUAGAAUUUUUGAUAUUCUUUGUUUGUUAAAAAAAACAAACAUCUGUAGCCAUAACACUAUUACUACCUCUGCUCUUCCUCAUCCCUACAAUCCCACCCUUUAUCCCCUUUUCCCCCUACCAUGUUAUGUCCUUUUAUUUAAAACGUUCAGUUCAUCUAUAAACUUGUUUAAAAUUUCAAUAAAUUCUAUUUAUAUUUGCACUCCUUUUGUCUUUAUUACUGACUGAAUGUUGUAUUUCACAAUCAAAUCUGACUGUCAAUUGAAAGGACAAACAAAUCAUACACUACAAAUAAAACAUAAAGCAUUAAUGUUUAACACUGACACUGACAAAUAGUUAAGCAGUCCAUUUCUGUGUGGGUCUGAUUAUUUUAACUUUGUACUUGAAGAUAACUAAGCACCUUAUACCCAGCAGCAGAGCCUGAGAAGAUUUUGGAGAGUACCCUUUGUUUGCUGCUCUGUUAGAAGUCUAGUUUUAACACAGAAGAACGUGACUGGAUAAAAGGGCUCAAAGUGAAAAACAAAGAAUUAGCUGGACACAACAGUUUUGAAGCCCCCAAGGAGGUAUCACAUGUUUGCUACAUUGCCAAUUCUGAGAGGGUCUUCCUCAGGCACAGGUAUCGUGACGUUUUUAUAGUGAGGCAAAUAGAAACAUUAUCAGCCAAUUGUGUGUUACGGUUUUUUUUUUUUUUUUUUUUUUUUUUU